AAUAAAUACGUUUUUUUGUUAUAAUAAAGCAUUUGUUCAACCAACCAACCAAAAAAAAAAAAAAAAACUAAAUUGGUAAUUUUAACUGAUGAUGAUGAUAAUAAUAAUUGAUUGUUUAAUACCAUAUACCAUGAAACCGUGAUAUUUUUUCGAUUGUUAUCAUACCAUGAAAAUCUUAUACCAUUACAACCACUCUGACAUCCAUACCAACACAUCCACACGUUUAUAGGUGCAUAGUUUAUCCAAUUGGCUCUAAGAUAAUGGCACUGUCUGGUAAAAAAAAAAAAAAAAAAAUUGUAAAAAAAAUUACAUUUUUAAGCCUUGCCAACAGAAUGAAAGCCUAUUAACAAAGAUUGCAUCAUUUUAUAGUCAAAUGGCCCUGGGAUUAAAAAUUGCUGUUUUAAUGGGGACAUUUUUGUCCAGAAGGUCCUGAGAGGAUCUAUUUUGUGUUACUAUUGUUACUAGUCCUUUUUUUAAAAGGAAAUGUGGGUGAAAUAGUUAAAUUCCAAUAAAAUUGCACACUGCGGCAACAUUUAUGCAGAUUAACACAUGUAAAAUUAUCAACAAAACAAAACAAAACUGAAAGACUGGAAAAUGUCCAUAAGGUCGCACAAGGGUUAAAUAAAAACUGACCUGGUUUAUUUUCUGAUAAAUAUUCAUAAUAUUUAAUUAAAUGGUACAAUUUGUUAGUUGUCUUCUGGUGUUUCUAUGCUAUGUUUGUUUCUGUUUGGAGUUUUAAUUGACUACCAGAGAAAAAAAGUUUUGAGAAUUUAGCAUUUUUUAGGUCAUUAUGUUGUUUAGAGCAUAAGAAUUUAUCAUUUUUGAAAAAUCAUAUGUUAUUCAUAUGUUAUGCUACAGUAUGUCCUCUGUAGUGGAAAUCAGUACUCAGUUUUUUAAAAAUAAAAUAAGACAUGAAUCGACAUGGAACAGCAAAUACUGGAUAAUGUUGACCAAAAUUUGAUCAGAUGAUCUUUGAACUGAGCCGCACAGAAAUGACUGAACAUUUUUUUUAUUCAUCUUUGCCAAACUUUGAGCAAUCGAAACGAACAUUGGUACGUUUUAUCGGAACCAUGAUCUGAGUGUCCAUGCCAAAUUUGGGAACAGCACCACAUACAGGUCAUGAAAUUGGGUCCAGUGCACAACUGUGUAUACGGACCACAAUCCUUUGGUUUUCCUUCAACGCAUGUCAAAUGCAAAUCACAGGCUCAUGCAUUGGGCACUAAUUUGUCAAGGGUUUAAUCUGAAUAUCCAGCACAAAAGAGGGGUUGAAAAUGUGAUUGCUGACACUCUUUCACGUAUCCAUUCUUAAAAACCUAUGGUUUUUAUUUUUAAGGGUGUUACAUCCGAUGUCUUUAGGCACUGUUGCCAUGUAUGCUUUGAGCGUUUUGGUGCAGGAGAAGGUGUGGCCUACGCGGAGAUCCUGAUUGGUCUGGGCCCGAUUGGCUGACUCCUGCUGUGAUGAUAUAAGGGCCACCCCAAACACCUUACGGAGGCCGACUUUGUGCCAUUUUGUUUUGAUUUCUCCUGUGUUUGUGUGUGCUUUGUAAAAUUUGUUUUUGUUCAGUUCGAGUUAUAAUUUUCAGUAUUGCUUUUGCCUUCAGUUACCUUAUGUAAAUAUUAUUUGUAAAUAUUCUAAGGGAAGUAGGGAGUGUGACGCCAUUUCUUUUUGCAUAUAUCUUUAUUCUAUGUUUUGAGUUAAGGGAGUUAGGGAAGUUACUUUGUAAUUUUCUUUAAUGGGUUUUUUGUUUUUUUGUUUUUAGGGAAUUUGGAGUGUACUUAAAUUAGUUAUUUCUGUUUGUUAUUUUGGCCUGGUCCACUCCUGAAUUUAAUCCCUUUGUUUGUUUAUUUUCAUUAUGUUGUGUUAAUAAAUCUACCUUUGUUGAAAAUUUAUCAUCGAGUGAGCACACAUUCAUUUAUUUUACGGCUGGCCCUAGACGGUCGUAACACUUGCGUCAUGCCGAAUCUGUGGAUACCAGGAUUUACCAGGAUUUGCCAGGAUUGGAUGAACUAUCGGUCCUCUAUUUAAUUGCAAUAUCUUUUAAAGAAUUUGACAUAUCGGCACAAAAUUUGAAAUAUGAAAACAAAAAUGGAUUCUUCAUUUAUCAAAAUAAACAUAAAAUAGUACAAAAUUGUCAUAAUUACAUACUUCCUGAAUGACAAACUAUGCCAUAUGGCAUUUAUAUAAACUCAACAUAGUUUUGCAUUUUACUUAACAUUAAAUACACCACAUCACUGAUUAAAGUGACAUGAAAUCAAAACUGCUUAUUACUGUUUCUGCUGUGAACAAUUAAUCUAUGUAUGUUUUUAUAACAAUCUUUAAUAAAAAUGUUCAGCCAGUCAUGAUCAGAUCCCGUGGGGAUACACUGCAGUUAUGUUUUCUAGUGUUUCUCUGAUUGGAAUUAUAUCACUAAUUAUAAUAUCACUGAUAGUAAAUAAUUGCUACUUUUGAUUGUGCCUAAAAUCUGGCUUAUUUUAGAGUUGCCAAAUGCAUGUUAUAGUUCUGAUUUGUAUGCAUUAAUCUAAAAUGAUAGAAUAUUUAACUUUCAUUUAAUUACAUUUUAUAAAUGCAUAUUUGCCCUAUUUAAAAAAAAAAAAACUUUUUCUACUCUCAAGUCCACCAGGUGGCGACAAUGCACCUGAAGUUGCCACAAAAGAAGUGUUGCCAGACACUUAAUUUAGACCUUUGUAUGAUGUACGAUCAAUAAUAAUAAUAAAAAAAUCCCAUUAUGUACGAUAAUUUCCCACUAAGGUACACCUAGUUAUUCAUCUAUUUUGGUAAUAUGAAGGUCAUGAUUAAAUCUCAGGGUCAGUCCAUGUUUUUUUUUUUUUUCCGUUUAUGCGUAAAUAAAACUUGACUAUCAGAUGAUCUUUGAACUGAGCCGCACAGAAAUGACUGAACAAUUUUUUUAUUCAUCUUUGUCAAACUUUGAGCAAUCGAAACGAACAUUGGUACGUUUUAUCGGAACCAUGAUCUGAGUGUCCAUGCCAAAUUUGGGAACAGCACAAAAAGUUUGUUGGUCUAGAUAAAAAGCUGUAUUCGGUACGCUUGAUUCGUCAAGUCACCUUUAUUUAGCGCUUUUUACAAUGCAGAUUGUGUCAAAGUAUAGAUUUACAGAGAUAGAUGGAACAUAAUUUUGGCUGUACAGCAGCUAAAAUAGUGUUAUUGUGCAGCUUAAGUAAGUUCAGUAUUGAUUCAUUCCGUUGUAAAAAUAAUUAGUUAUUAAUUUAGUUCAUUUACCUAAUCUAAAAACUCGUGUACGAUAAUUGUCUUCCAAAAACAAUCAUUUUGAGCUUCUGGUACGAUACUUGGACAUUUCCAAUCUGGCAACCCUGCACAAAAGGAAAAGGAAUGAGGAACUGAGCGCUCCAAAGACUGGUUCUUCAUCUAAGGUUGGUAAAAGUUUCUUUAUUUGAACGAGCUCGAUUUAGAUUAAAUCUCAGGGUCAGUCCAUGUUUUUUGUUUUUUUUCUGUUUAUGCGUAAAUAAAACUUGACUAACAUCAUUUGUAGAGCGUCUCCCAUUCAACACAUCCAUUAAUUUUAGUAUUAUUUUAAUGUUUAAAAAAAUGUCCUUGUAAUGAUGACUGAAUGAAUCGACACGUUGCAGUACAGUCAUUUAUAGCUUCUUAGUUCAGAAUGGGAUUGUUUAAUUGUUUAAGGGUUACCUGUGUACUUAAGAAAUAGUUUCAACAAGGAUGUGUUUUCCUAGAAAAUUGACACAUGCAAAUGAAUUGAAAUCUAAAUCGAAUAAUGAAAUAUAUAUCAAAAUCUAGUCUUAAUAUCGUCUUUGUGCUGGCAGAAGCUGAGAGAUCCAGAAGAAUCAUGCAGAAUGAAACAUGAAGAUGCUGAAGAACAAAGAGCUUUAAUUUCAGACCUGUUGGAUGAGAAUGAGGAGAAUCAAGAAGUGAAUGAAGUGGAGAAACAUCAAAGCUCUCAAAAAUAUUUCACCUGCAGUCUGUGUAGAAAGAGUUUCACAUGCAAAAGAAAUCUCGAGGUUCACAUGAGGAUUCACACUGGAGAGAAACUGUUCACAUGUGAUCAGUGUGGGAAGAGUUUCACACAACAAGGAAACCUUACCCAUCACAUGAUCAUCCACACUGGAGAGAAACUGCAUGAAUGUGAUCAGUGUGGCAAAACAUUUUUGAGGGCUUCAACCCUAAAGAGCCACCUGAAAGUUCAUUCACAGGAGAAACCACAUUCAUGUUCCUUGUGUGGAAAGAGUUUUUCAGUGCUGCAAAGAUUAAAAGAACAUCAGAAAAUACAUAAUGGUGUAAGAAAUCAUAUAUGCUUUGAGUGUGAGAAGACUUUUAUUAGAGCUGCAGAUUUGAAACAGCACCAGAGAAUUCACACUAGAGAGAAACCUUACAAGUGUUCACACUGCAACAAGAGAUUCAGUUGGUCAGGAGCCCUGAAACUACAUGAGAGGAUCCACACUGGAGAGAAACCUUACAUGUGUUCACACUGUGACAAGACAUUCAGUCAUUCAGGAGACCUGAAAAAACACAAGAUGAUUCAUACUGGAGAGAAACCUCACAAGUGUUCACACUGUGACAAGAGAUUCACUGAUUCAGGAGUCCUGAAAAUGCAUGAGAUGAUUCACACUGAAGAGAAACCUUACAAGUGUUCACACUGCGACAAGAGUUUCAGUCAGUCAGGAGCCCUGAAACUACAUGAGAGGAUCCACACUGGAGAGAAACCUUACAUGUGUUCACACUGCGACAAGAGAUUCAGUUGGUCAGGAGCCCUGAAACUACAUGAGAGGAUCCACACUGGAGAGAAACCUUACAAGUGUUUACACUGCGACAAGAGAUUCAGUCAGUCAGGAUCCCUGAAACUACAUGAGAGGAUCCACACUGGAGAGAAACCUUACAUGUGUUUACACUGCGACAAGAGAUUCAGUUGUUCAGGACAUCUGAAAACACAUGAGAGGAUCCACACUGGAGAGAAACCUUACAAGUGUUCACACUGCGACAAGAGAUUCAGUUGGUCAGGAGCCCUGAAACUACAUGAGAGGAUCCACACUGGAGAGAAACCUUACAAGUGUUUACACUGCGACAAGAGAUUCAGUCAGUCAGGAUCCCUGAAACUACAUGAGAGGAUCACACUGGAGAGAAACCUUACAUGUGUUUACACUGCGACAAGAGAUUCAGUUGUUCAGGACAUCUGAAAACACA